AUGGCGCCGGGCCCAACUGUAAACUGUGGAAGCGAGCUGAUUUGCAGCCGUCGAGACAUGCUGAAUGGCUGGUUUGGACAGACAGGGACAGGGUCCGUUCCAAUCACCGCGACUAUUGGCAUCGCUGCGAUGUGCUUGUGCCGUGCAGCAGGACUAACUAGCGAAGAGCCAUCCAGCAACGCGGUACCUCGUACGAACUGCCCGUGGCUUUGGGCGAUCGCCAGGCGGGAAACGCAUCGGUUCUCUGCUCAGCGUGGAUGCUGUGCUGCUGCUCAACGUGUCUCCCGUGCCACAGCGAUGAAAGGUGACUGCAUUGCGAUGCUCUUGUUGACGAGAUCGCCGUGCUCUGAAACUCCCAAGCCCGCACCCCGGCCCUGCAUCCUUGUCCUCGCAGGGGGCAGAGACGGCGUCUGUGCGGAUUGCAAAAACUCCGUGCAUCACAGUCACUCUUCACGACGGGCUCUCUUCUUGACGCAACACUCGCCUCGCCACUGUUUCCAUGCCCUCGUCGGUCAAAGCUACACUGUACAAGACACAUCUCCCACUUCGUGGAGCGCCCGCCGAUUGGCCUCGGUGUCCACCAAUAAUGGCCGGCUCGUUAGCGACGGCCGCCAUCGCCAUGGCUGGUCCGCCGCUCGGGACCGCCCUCUGCCAUCCAGCCUCCAUCUCGUGACGGACUGGAGCAGAGACUCUGCCGGCGCCGCCAAUCAACGCGCCGGACCGGACAUCGCUGCAGUUGGCGACAGGACCCUUGAUGCUUCAGGUGCUACGCCGCACGGCAUUGACAUCGUUGUCAAGCAGCAGCUGCGCCUUCGAUCAGUUGUUCGUCUGCCGUCUUUGGCCGCUCCCGCUGGAGUGACCAUUCCUGAUCCCCACGCAAGAAUGAGUGACCUUGCGUAUACUGCCUUGAGUGAUCUGACCCAGUUUCCUGUCACUGAGCAGCCGCCCUCGGACGACUUCGACAUCUCAUUCUCCCCCGGUCUCUUCAGCGUGGAGGAUAUCCUGGUGGACUCGACCGACUAUCUCUGCCGCACUGGCACCGCAGACUUGACCGGCGGCGCCGACCUCACCAGACCCGCGCUUGUCGAGCAACGGGUGUCCAGCCCUGGCCCAAGUCCGUCGCAGGCAGCCAUCCCCUAUCCCCCGAUGAACGACAACAUCCACGGCGCGCACUACCUCCCCAGCCAAAACACCACGCAGCUGCAGCCCCCUCUGAUUCACUCGAUGCGAUACGCUUCUCCCUCUGGCUCCCACGGGGGAGACGGCUCGGCCACCCGGCUCCCUCAUGAGCGACAAUUCGUGGAUAAAAUUCCCCAACCACAUGCACAGCGCCGCGCCUUCACAGAGCUCUUCAGUCCCGCUUCCCUGAUGCCCACGAUGGAGGGCUCAUACUGCGGCAGCGAGUAUUCAGUGAACCCAAACGACUUGCAGCAUUAUCCAGACCCGAGCCAGCAAGUCCACACGCCGCCGCCAGAGGACGAGCCCGUCGCCUUUUACGACGACUCGAUUCACUUCGAGCAGACACCAGCCCGACCCCUACUCACGUAUCCGGGGCAUGAGCCCCAGUUCGCGUAUGAACACCCCCAGCUCGAGCCGCACCAGGAUAUCGAUCCGCUCCUUCGCCAGCCGCACGACUUUUACGAGCAAGAAGAGCCCGCGGUCGAGCCUCCACGAAAGCGCAUGAGACUCGAGGCCUCUCCGCAACAGAGUUCCGCGCCCAUGCCACAGAUCGAGACUCCUCCAGAGUCGCCCAAGAAGAGGAGCAAGCCCGCCAGCAACAGCUCCAAACCCCGGCAGUCGUUUGCAAAACGCGGCAGCAAGCAUCGGGGGAGAACACCACCCUCCAAGGCCCCGUCCUGGGCCGUGCGAAAGAAGUCGGAGCGGCAGUUCCCCUGCGUCUUCGCGCCCUACGGCUGCCCGCUGGUGCUCGUCUCCAAGAACGAAUGGAAGCGGCACGUCAUGAGCCAGCAUCUCCAGCUGGGCUUCUACCGCUGCGACGUCGGCAUCUGCAACGUCGCGUCGCCCGCUCCGCCCUGCACUCCUCCCUCGGACGCAACCUCGUUCAACAACCCAUGCUCCGCCACCGCCCGCGCGCCCAACGACUUCAACCGCAAGGACCUCUUCACGCAGCACCAGCGCCGCAUGCACGCCCCCUGGCGCGUCCCCAGCUCUCCCACCUGCCCCCCUUCCUCCUCGUCCUCGUCCAGCCCACAAUCCUCCAGCACAUCAGAGCCCAGCAAGCGCGUGCGCGACGCGUUCGAAGCCUCGCUAAACGACGUCCGCCAGCGGUGCUGGAUCGAGCAGCGCCAGGCCCCGCAGUACAGCCAGUGCACGUACUGCUCAGCGGAGUUCAAGGGGGCCGGGUGCUGGGAUACGCGGAUGGAGCAUGUGGGCAAGCACUGCGAGAAUGGGGACGUGGAGAUUCGAGAGGACCUGGGGCUGCGGGAGUGGGCGGCGAGCGAGGGGAUUGUGCGUGAGGUGAAGAAGGGGAGUUCAAAUACAAGCAAACUUCUAAACCUCACGCUCUCAAUGCGCAAGGAAAAGAUGACUUGCUCCGACACUUUCCAAGAAGACGAUCCCAGCUUGCCGGUUAUUGAGCCGCAGCGUCCCAGAACUCUGCUAGGCGCCGGCGUCACCUCGCACGUUGAUGCCAUUGACGAGACCACCGCGCUGAAAAAAGCCCCGUUAUGGGACAAUACAUACAUGGACAAACAAAAACAAUUUCCAACCGUUGACCUGCCUGUUUCUGAGAUUAUCUCCAAGUGUUGGUUGGAGCAGUACACGGUCGCACAUGAAGUGGUUGCCGAGCUGCAGCUGUUGCAGGAUAAUGCGAGAAACGAGCCUCAAGACAGGACCCGAAUCCUAACAUCCAUCUCGUAA